AUGAGGGACCUGAUGAAGGGCGAGAUGGAGGAACUCCAGUCCCAUCUGUCAAAGUUUGAAAAGAUCGACUCCUGGCUUAAGGAUAAUCACAAUAACAUGACGGAAGAGAAAGUGAACGAAAUUCGCACAAAACUCGACGAAUCGAUGCAGGAAUCGAGACAACUGAAGAUGUCUUUAAUGGACACACAGACCAAUGUGGCGCUCAUGAGGACAGAGUUGGCACAACUGCGCAACCAAUACGACCAGAAGUGCCGGGAACUGAGCCACGAGAUGGGACGGGUAGCCGAACAGCACACAGAGCACCAGCACCUCACUCAACAACUGUCACUCUUGCAAGAGGCGAAUAAAAAACUUCACGACACCAACGAUACGUUGCGUACGGUUCUGGAGUUGACACCAAUGCAGUCGAGGAAUGCAUCCCCGGAACCAUUCCAUGAUAGCAGCGGUUCCGGUCCUAAACGG